CCGAAGAAGAUCCAGAUGCUUAUUUGCCUGCUUUGCCGCCCGAUCUUCUUGCAGAACGACAGAGAAAAAAAGCAGCUAAACUAGAACAAAAUGUUGACUCUCAACAUAACGGAGCUGCUAAACUCAAAAGACGCCCAUUUGGACCAGCAUUACCGAAUCCCACUGAAUAUUUAAAUUUUGACGAGGAAGAGGAAGAAGAAAUUGUUAUUGGCCCAGUAUUACCUGAGAACUUUGAAAAAGACAAAGAUGAUCUUAUAUUACAACAGACAAUUCAAGAGUUCGAAGAAAGAGCUGAAAAGAUGCGUCAAACAUCAGAGCCUGACAAUAAAGCUGACAAACCUUUACAACGUGGAGAAUGGAUGCUCGUGCCACCAGAAUCAACAUUUUUAGGAGAGACGCCAACCAACAUGCGUUCUCGCCAAUUCAAACAAAGGGCGCAUGAUCCAGAAAAAAAAGACAAUUCACUUUGGACAGAAACUCCUGCCGAUAGGCAGAUAAGAUUACAAAAAGAAAUUACUGGUCAAAAACGUAAACACGAAAAAGAAAUGGAUGAUGAUCCGAUAAAGUAUUCACGUGUUGAUAUUGAGAAAGCAGAAACUAUAAAAGCAUAUAAUGAACUACAUCGACCGAAGUCUCUUUUAGAGACUCAUUCUGAAGAUUAUAACAAAUCGCGUAGAUGGAAAGCAGAUGAUGUUAGCAAACGUCCAUUUGAUCGCGAAAAAGAUGUAUUAGGUUCACGUCGUAUGGAUUCACGUAAACGCAAAGAGUUUAUAGAUAAUUCAAAAGAAUUGAGCUCCAAGUUCGGACAUGGGAAAG